GAUCUGGUGAUGGUGCAGCGCGGCGCGCGGACUCGGAUCGGCGCCGCCUGGGAGGAUGCAAGGCUAUGCAUGACGGCUGCGGCCACCGCCAGCCUUGCGUCCCGCACAUGUGGCCAGCCACUCGCGUAGAGGCAGCAGCUCCACCACCGCCGCCGCCCAAGGGACCACCAGCCUCUCCGCGCUCCUCUGUUCCUCCGCUGCGGACGGCUUCUUAUCCGCCCGCGCCCACGACUCCACCGCCUGCACCUGCAGCUGCGGCCGCUCAGAAGCAGGAGGGACUGCUCUCUCCACGCCCCGCCUCUGCAGACUUCUUCCUUAAGGACGGACGCGAAUUCAGAGUCGGAGAUUGUGCGCUUUUUCAAGCUGUUGAUGUUCCUCCUUUCAUUGGGUUGAUACGUUGGAUUGAGAAAAAGGAAGAAGGCUUUCCCAAGUUACGCGUAAGUUGGCUCUAUAGGUCUGCUGACGUCAAGCUUAACAAGGCAAUCCAGCUCAACGCUGCACCGAACGAGAUCUUCUAUUCUUUCCACCAGGACGAGACGUCUGCCGUGUCUCUGCUACAUCCUUGCAAAGUUGCCUUUUUGCGGAAAGGCGUCGAGCUGCCAGCUGGAAUCUCUUCAUUUGUGUGUCGGCGUGUGUAUGAUAUCGACAACAAGUGUUUGUGGUGGCUUACUGACAAGGAUUAUAUUAAUGAACGGCAGGAAGAAGUAAAUCGACUUCUGCAUAGAACGAGGUUAGAAAUGCACGCUGCAGUCCAGUCAGGUGGACGUUCACCGAAGCGGCUAAACAGUCCAUCGUCUGCCCAGCAGAAAUCUGGUUCAGAUGAUGCACAGAAUUGUGGUUUAUCUAAAGGAAAGAAGAGGGAGAGAGUCGAGCAAGGAAUUGAUCCAGCUGUGCGAGACCGUGAUCGUCCCCUUAAGGUUGAAGACGGUGAACUGGGAAACCUCAAAGUAGACAAUAUGAAGCAUACAGUCGCGAAGUUUAUGACAAAGUUUACGAAUAAAGGUGGACUUUGUCAUGAUGAAGCAGUUGAGAAGCUUAUUCAGUUAAUGCAACUUGAUCGAACUGAACGGAAGAUAGACCUUGGUGGUCGAGUACUGCUUGCACAUAUUAUCACAGCUACAGAAAGUCCUGAUUGCCUCAGGAGAUUUGUGCAACUAAGGGGCCUUCCUGUUUUGAAUGAGUGGCUUCAAGAGACUCACAAAGGCAAGUCUGGUGAAGGCGGUAGUCCUAAAGAAACUGAUAAGCGUGUUGAAGAAUUUCUGAUGGCGCUGCUCCGUGCUCUCGCAAAAUUGCCUAUCAAUCUGAACGCCUUGCAGAGUUGCAGUAUUGGGAAAUCUGUCAAUCAUCUGCGUAGCCAUAGAAAUGUGGAGAUACAGAAGAAGGCGAAGUGUCUUGUUGAAAACUGGAAAAAGCGUGUUGAUGCUGAAAUGAAGUCAAAUGAGGCGAAACCUGUAGUAUCUGGUCAAGCUGUUUCCUGGUCAGGGAAAGGUGGUGCUGCAGAAAUUACUAAUGGUGGAAACAGACGAAGCGGCCUGAGCGAGACCAGUCCUAAAAACUCAGCAUCUCAUCAUUCUUCAAAGGUUUUGACUGCUAAACAUGGUACCUCCGAUGCUGUUACAAAAUCGAGUCCUCUCACAUCUGGCUCUUUAAAGUCGCAACACCCACAACCCUGCAAAUCAAAUGGCGGUUCUGAGUUGCCAACAGUGAAAGAGGAGAAAAGCAACAGUUCAAGCCAAUCGCUGAACAACAGUCACUCAUGUUCCAGUGAUCUUGCAAAAACAUUUGGUUCUCCAUGGAAGGAGGACGCAAGAAGUUCUACUGCUGCAUCUGGCAAUGCUAGUAAAACUUCUGGGAGCUCUUCACGUGUCCAUCGAAGGGCAAACAGUGCCCGUCUUGGUUCUGGGGUAAAGAAAGAAGCUACCGUGGGAAGAUCUACUUCGCUUGAUCGGUCCUCGUUCCAGGAAAAAUCAUCACAACCUGGAAUGGCGUCUGAGAAAGUAGGUGAUACACCUCCUGAUAAUGGUAAUAGCCAUAGAUUGGUAGUUCGCUUUCCGAAUCCAAGUCGUAGUCCUGCUAGAAGUGUGAGUGGUGGCUCAUUUGAGGACCCAUCUGUCACUGGUAGUAGAUCCUCAUCUCCUGUGCUUGCUGAUAAGCAUGAACAGAAUGGUCGGCGGGUGAAAAUGAAGACUGAAAAUUUUCAGCCUCAGUUAGCUUGUGAUGCUAAUGCCGAUUCUUGGCAUAACAAUGAGAUUAAAGGGGUCGCAGGUUCGGAGGAAGAUGAUAAAUCAGCAGUCCUUACAUUGGAGAGCAACAGGACAACUGAGGAAGCUGGUAAGGAUGCGUCUGCAUUACGAGCUGCAAGUUCAUUGCAAGUGAAUGAGAAAGGUAUGUGCUCAAGUGAAACCAGGGGAAACUCAUUCAAUCCUAUGAAUGCUUUAAUUGAAAUAAAAUACUCUGAAGCUCCUCCUUUGCAAACUGGAGAUGAUACUGCGAUGAAUCUUCUUGCCAGUGUGGCUGGAGAAAUAUCUAAAUCUGAAUUAGUUUCUCCAUCAGCUUCACUGAGAAAUACAUCUACAAAAGAAGUAGGAUGUGAAGGAGAUAGCAUUGAGAAGUUAAAAGUAGAAUGUGACACAGUCCUGUCUCAGCGUGAAGGAACAUCACUUGUUCAGAAAGUCAUUGUGGAGAAGCAAGUGACAUCUGAUGCUUGUUUGGGUGGAAAGGAUAAACUGAACCGGAGGGCCCACUUAUCAUUGCAAGACGACAAUAAAUGUACGACAUCUUCUGGCCCGCCACCUAAAAAUGGUGCAAACUGUAAUGUUGCUGAAUCGUCGGCAAAGACUGAAAACCAAGAAGAGGAGUGCACAAACAAGUGUUCUUCUGUACCCGGGGUUGAUUCACAAGGUGAAGAUCACACUGCAUGUGCCAGCCGUGGGACAGUUGAAAACAGCUCUGAUUUUGUCGGUGCUACUUCAGGUGGCCAAUCUAAUUCAGUUGUUUCUACCCGGAAGUCAGAAUUGCUCCCUCCUGAGGAGUUGCAAUUAUGUGCCCUUGAUAAACAGGCUCAUGCCUUGUCGAAGUCAACUGAUCAAAAGCCACUUGCCGGUGGACUAGAUCAGCCGGAAGCCACCGAUACAUGUGGUAAAUUGGGUUUGAAAUCUGCAGUAUGUCCAGUGUCUGUUUCUCCGAAACAAGGUGAAGGGAGUAUUAGCACAGUGGUCAAAGGGGACAAAAAGGAGCAGCCUUCUUCCACUUCAGCUGAUGUUAACAAGUUAGCUGGAUUCCGAGUUGAUGUGGCUAAUGGGAUCAAGGACUCGAAGGAUAGUUCCAGUGAAUCGAGUAGCCAUGUAAAACUCCAAGCUGUCACAUCUCAGGAUAUUGGGCACAUUCCAAAGAAGCUGAGUGAUGACGUGGGUCGAAAAGAGGACCUUGUCUCAUCAGAUGAGGGUUCUUCUAUAGCUGCCAAGGCCAAGUCAAAUGGUACCGCUAAGCUUGAUUUUGAUUUGAAUGAACUGGGGGAUGAAGGGAAUCACUCUGAGCCAGCUACCUCUCCUGCUACAUGUUCUUCUGCGAUUCAUUUGCCUGGUCUUUCUCCAUUUGUACCACCUGUUUUAAGUGGUCUGCCUGCCCCAAUAACAGUAGCUGCUCCAGCCAAAGGACCUUUUGUCCCUCCUGAGAACCUAUUAAGAGUGAAGCCUGAGGCUGGGUGGAAAGGUUCAGCAGCUACAAGUGCAUUUCGUCCUGCGGAACCACGGAAGGCGUUGGGGACGUUUCUCACUGCACCUGGUAUCGUCCCAUCUGGUGCUGCGGGUAAGCAGCCUCGCCCAGCAUUUGACAUUGAUCUAAAUGUAGCAGAUGACCAGAUUCUCGAGGAAGACAUCUCACAGAGUUCUGCUCAGACAACUGGCUCUGAAUCUGGCAACACUAGAAGUCGUGAUGGUCCUGUACGAAGUGCUGGCAUUGAGCUUGACUUGAAUAGGGCUGAUGAAGUUGGAGAGAAUAGUCAAUUUAUGUCGAACUCUUCGCACAGAGUCGAGGUCACAUUGUUGCCAGCAAGACCGUUUGCAGGAGUUAUACCGAGGAAUGAUAUAAAUAGCUCAAGGAACUUCUUUGAUCUCAAUAACGGGCCUAGCCUUGAUGAAGCUAGUACAGAGCCUGCACAGAGGAGCCAGUCAUCUAAAGGUGCUAGCAGCAUACCAUUCCUACCUCAAGCUGCUGGCCUUAGAAUGAAUGGUACUGAAAUCAAUAACAUGUCACCAUGGUUUCCUUCUGCCAACCCAUAUGCUCCUGUAGCUAUGCAAUCGUUUUUGCCAGCUAGGGGAGAACUGCCUUACCCAAUAGAAACAGCACCUGGAACCCAGAGAAUCAUUGCUUCUGCGGUAGACAGUAGCCAGUUAGGAAGUGAUUCCUCCAGGGCUCCUGUUAUUUCCACACCACCGACCAUGGUGCUACACCCUCCUGCAUAUCAAUAUGCAGGAUUUCCAUUCCCUUCCAGCGUUCACCUUCCGACAACGGGAUUUCCAAUUGGGUCGACACCGUAUCCCACUUCCGUGCCUGCUGGAGUGCCAUACUUCCCAACCAUGGCCCCCUCACUUGUUGGGUCAACAGGUGCAUUACCUGCCCAAAGCGCGAGGCAGUAUGCGAUGAACCGUCAUGAAGGCAGCAGCAGCGAUGGACAUGACAAUAAUUGGAAAUGGAGAAGACAAGGGUUCGAUCUCAAUUCUGGCCCUGGGGCUAUAGAUUUAGAAGGGAAAGAUGAGCGAGUACCUUUGUCGGUUAGACAAAAUUUGAUCGCACAGCCACAAGCUUUUGUGGAUGAUCAAACUAGAAUGUACCAAAUGCCUGGUGUAGGAAUAAAGAGGAAAGAACCCGAAGGCAGCUGGGAUGCUGAAAGGUCGUCAUCAUACAAGCAAUUGUCAUGGCAGUAAAGAAAUUAAAGUAUAAUAUCCCGCAGCGACUUCAGUGUCUGAGGCAACUGCAUGUGGAAGCCAGGCGCGGUAUUGCACCUGUUUGACCCUGCUGGGAUAAGGGCUCUCACAUGGAUUCAUGUCCGUGAUGACAUGAGAACGGUGGGAGGAUUGAAAACUUCGCUGUAAUUGCUGUAAAUGUUAACCAACCAUAUUGAUACUUUCCUGGGAACAGUUUUUCCUCAGCUUCAGCAGUUGCUUUGCUAGAGUUUUGUACCUGCCAGGCUUGCUUCUAUUUUGCCCAGGAGGGAGGGAAGGGAGGGGGUAUGGGUUUGGAGAUGUAGGUAAUGGUCCUUUGCAUCUUCAAGCGCCUGAAGCCGCUGUAAUUAGUUUCGGUUGCUUUUUCUUUUUUUCUUUUCUUUUGAAGUCCCUUAUGAUAAACUGUGUUGACAUUGCCGAGCACAUCUGCAGCUUAACAUAUGACUUAGUUA